AUGUCUGAUCUCGACGCCCGCGAAGCUGCGAUUGUUGCCCGCGAAGAAGCUGUUGCUAAACGAGAGGCCGAAAUUGAAGCUCGAGAGGCUGCUGUUGCUUUGAAAGAGCAAAACACAUCACCAAACACCGACGCUGUUGUAGAGACUGAGGUUGAACAGCCAAAAGCACAGUCUGAGCCUGCUGUUGAGGCUACGACUGCGGUGCCGAGCGUUGAACCUGAUGCUAUUGUGGUGGAGCCAGAAAGUCCUCUUGCAACGCAGCCACACGAGUCUAUCCCAGUGAUUGAGUCCGAUCCUACCUCAGUUGUCUCUCAAGCAGAAGCAAGUGACACCGUGGAAGAAACAGCGCCCGUCACCGCAGAUGAGGAGCCAGCACCAGCUUCAGAUGAUGCAAGUCAAGCAAUCGAUGAUUCCAACGCCGUCCCUGAGGUAGAUACUGCAACCGAUAUCAAGACGGAUGAGCCAGACAACUCUGAACCUGCACCAGAAGAGAAGGAAGCGGCGGCAGAGACAGAGGUAGAAAAAGCACAGCUUCCAGUCGAAGCGCCUGCAUCACUUCAUGAUGACAACGUGCCAGCACCUUCAGAAGAUACUGUCAAGAGCGAAGAAACUCCUUCAGAUGAGGCCGAAAAGACCAAGGACGUUGUUGUGAAUACAGUCCAACCAACUGAGCCAAAAACAGAAAAUGAGCCAGCAGUUGAAAAGGCUACACCUGAAGUCGGGCAAGCAACCGAGACACCUGCCGUUAAGGAAACACCCACAACCGUCGACGAAGCAGAUGAGCAGCAAGUUCCAGAAGCUGAACCAAUAACAGAAGAGGAGACUCCUGCACCAGUAGAGUCCGAAGAAGUCAAGGAGGAAGUUAUCACAGCGAAAGAGCCAGAAGAGGUUGAGGAAGUGACAGCAGCAGCACCAGCGCAAGAAGAAGUGAAAGAGAAUACAACGGCUGCCGCGGAAUCAGAAAAGGUCACUGAAGAGCCACAGGAACCAGAAGCAGAGAAAGUGGAAGAAGAAGUUCCGGCCGCGGUUGAGCCAGUGUCUGAAAAAAAAGAAGUCGCUAAACCUGCAGUCACCAAGGAGGAUGUCCCUACACCAAUCGAGGAGUCAGUCAUCGUUGAGGCGGAGGAUAAGGCAGCGGAAGAUAAGGUAGUCGAAAAUGAAUCUGCUGUUCCUAUCGAAGAUUCCGUCAUCGUCGAGCCAAACCCGCUGGAACCACAUGUCCCAGUACCAGCCGAAGCCGAAACACCAAAGACUGAUAUCGAAGCUCAAAUACCAAUCCGUGAAGACAUCAAAGAAUACAUUCAAUCCGAGGAAGAAGUUCCUAAGGAUGAAACUCCAAUUCCACAAGUUCUUGACACUACAGCCGAUGAUUCUCAGACCGCACCAACCGAAGCCUCGACUAUCCAAGGAACCCCAGAACCCGUCAAAGAAGAAGCACCCGUGCCAGCAGUAAAGGAGACUCCAGCACCAGUCGAGCAAGAAGAGGCACCAGCUGCUCUUCCCGUACAGCCUGCGCCUAUUACCGCCUGA